AAAGAAAGAAACUAUCGACUAAAGAAUCUAUAAAAUCUGUGAUAAAACCAAAUGGAAUAACAGCUAGUAUUACUACAAAGAAGGCAAUUAAAAUUCAAAGCAAUGCUUGUAAUUCUACGUUAGUCUAUCCUGAAUAUGCCCAUUCUACUCAGUGCUAUCCUCAAUUACAUAUCCAAUCUCUAUUUGUCCACAAAUCGUUUCCUAAUCCGCGACCACCAAUUAUGGAACGAGGGAUUGUUUAUUACUUGUAUACUCAAAACAGAUGUGGUGAAAAUCCAAGAUAUCUAAAGGAGGUGGAAAGGAACAGUGCAGCUGUUAAGGCAAAAGAUCCUAAUGCCAAAAUUGCUGUAGUUACUAACUGUGACAUACUUGCAUCAACUGCAAAGCUAAUUGAUGUGAUUGUCCCAGUUCAUAACGAAGAUGUGGUGAAAACCAGUAAAAAGCAAUGGCUCACUCGUGUGUUGUACAAUGCUUAUCUUCCAUUCAAUUAUUCUUUUAUCACGGAUACUCAUGUUUAUCCUUGUGAUAAUAAGUCCUAUACAGAUAUCUUUGAUCUAUUCAAAAAAUCCAAGAUCGAUAUAUCGUUUUCUUGUAGAGUGAACCGUGGACCUUAUCCUUCUGGAGGAGCCGUAUUAUCAAAAUGGGGAAAAGGAAGUUAUGAAUUUUGGAUAAGAACCUAUAAACUCCAAGCACGAAAACACAUUUUUGAUGAUCAAAGUCCGAUGCAUACAACCAUGAAAGAGUACCGAAACAAAUUGUUUUCAUUUAGAUGGUUGAGUAGUAACUAUUUUUAUGCUUCCCAUGGCAUUACGGAAAAGGGAGUAUUUUCAGGUCCUGCUCGUUGUUACAGGAGUUCAGUAAUUGUGACAGGUCCUUUACGAUGGAUUCAUGGAAGUCCAGAUGAAUGUGAAAUAAUGAAUGGAAAAGAUAGAGAACUAAUAUAUAAACCUAGAGCAUGGUUUUUAAGGGGCACAUGCAAUACCACAGCCAAAGGAAUCAAAGUUAUAACAUCUAGUGCAGAAAUGAAGAAAGCCGUUUAUCCUUAUGAAGCACCCAAACUUGAUUGGGAUGUAGAUUACAAUAAAAAACCAAGAACAGAUUUAUUUUGGGAAUAUUGGCGUGUUUGUUUCAAUUCAUAAUUUCGAAUAUGAUACUAUCAUUAUUUGAUCGAUUGGUUUGUUAUAUUAUGAAUACAUCAAUAGAAAGAGCAUGAUUGCCGAAAUUAGCAAAAUGGAUAAGGAAGAUUUCCAUAGUUGUAAAACACAACUAUUUUGAGCGAUUCCAUUUUGAGAUACAAUUCUUCGAGAAUUUCAAGUUGCAGUCGCUGUUCUCCUAAAUCACAUGAAAAGUGCUUAGCAGCUUCCUGGAGUUAUCUUGUAUUCUGUCUUGCUGUAAAUCUAUGGAAUGUUCUCUUAGAAUAUGUAUGUCACAUGAUGUCAUUUCGAUUAUACUUGUGAAUGCUACUACUCUAUUGAAACUCUAAAGAUCUGGUAGAGAAUGCUAUGACCUCAGUUUUGUUGUUGAUUCUAUAUAUGGUGUUGAUGAAUAGUUGAUCUCUAAUUCUCCCAGUUAUUUCAUUGACGAUUCAAGCUAUGUCUUCGACUAAGGCUAAGGACUCUGCUAAAUCUAUGAAUCCCAUCUUUGCUGCUACUCCCAAAAACUUCCGCAUUGGAGGAGAUGUUCUGCCUAAGAAGGAUCUCUCCCGAUUCCUGAAGUGGCCCCGUUACGUGAUCAUCCAGAGACAGCGUAAGAUUCUGAGCCAGCGUCUGAAGGUUCCUCCCACCGUGAACCAGUUCAGCCAUGUGUUGGACAAGAACCAGGCUGCUGAGGUGUUCCGUCUGAUGAACAAGUACGCUCCUGAGACGGAGGCCGAGAAGAAGGCUCGUCUGGAGGCUGCUGCCAAGACGAAGGCUGAGGGCAAGCCCGUGGAGGAGAAGCGUGCUCUGGUUGUGAAGUACGGUCUGGACAACGUGACGAAGCUGGUGGAGCGCAAGAAGGCCAAGCUGGUUCUGAUUGCCAACGAUGUGGAUCCCCUGGAGCUGGUGAUGUGGCUGCCCGCUCUGUGCCACAAGAUGGGCGUUGCGUACGCGAUCGUGAGCGGCAAGGGCCGUCUGGGCGCUCUGGUGCACCAGAAGACCGCUACUUGCGUGUGUCUGACGGGAGUGAACCCUGAGGACGAGGCGGCGCUGAACUCGCUGCAGGAGAGCUUCACCACCAAGUACGCCGAGAACAAGAAGUGGGGUGGCGGUAUCAUGGGACUGAAGACUCAGCGCAAGCUGAGCAUUCGUGCCGCUGCCAUCGCUGCUGAGAAGGCCAAGAGAGCUUCUCUCUAAGCUGAUUGUGAGGCUACAUGAAGAAAGGAAGGAAGGAAGGGUGGAAUCGUCAUUGGU